AUGUCAGUUAGUUCAGAACCAUCAAACGAUAAAUCACAAUAUUCACCUCAAGGCAUUGGAUCAGAUCCCGUAAAAACUAUAUCAUACGCUGGUGACGGAGAUGAAUAUAUUAUAUUAAACAAUAAAAAAUAUUAUCGUCAUGAAUUAAUGACUGCCUUCUUGGGUACAUUUAAUCCUGGUUAUGCCCCAUAUCCAAAACAUGAAUUUGGUAAUGCUUCAGCACUUGGAUUAGCAAGUUUUGCUCUUUCAGCAUUUGUUUUAGGAUUAUAUUAUGCUGGUGCUAAAGGGAUAUCUACACCUAAUGUCAUUGUUUCCCUUGCUGUAUUUUAUGGUGGGUUAGCGGAAUUCUUAGCUGGUGUAUGGGAAUUUUUCAAUGGGAAUACGUUUGCUUUUACGGUGUUUUGUAGUUAUGGUUCAUUUUGGAUUACGUUUGGAUGUAUGAAUGUUCCAUCAUUUGGUAUACUUUCAGCUUAUGAAGAUCCUGUCAUGUUAGGUAAUGCUCUUGGAUUUUUUUUGAUUGCUUGGGGUAUAUUUACAUUUUUGAUGUUAUUAUUAACUUUUAAAGCUACCGUGGUGUUUGUUUUGUUAUUUGCCACUUUAGAUGUCGGGUUCUUCACUUUGGCAGCAGCAAAUAUGACUGGUAAUGCCACUUGUACUCAAGUUGGUGGUAUCUUUGUUGUUAUUAGUUCUAUCUGUGGAUGGUACGGUAUGAUUUCUGGUAUGGCAGAUAAAUUCAAUUCUUAUUUCACAGUUCAUCCACUUCCAGUCCCUCAAUUUGGAAAGAAAAAUUGA